AGUUUGAGGGAGACUAACAUACAAAACAUGGAGCACGGGACUGUGAGAGAGCUGGCCUCUCUGAGUCUAAACAUACAGUCCAAAAAGUUCUACCUGGAUGUAAAGGAGAACCAGUCUGGCAGAUUCGUCAAAAUUGCUGAGAUCAAUGUGUCCGGAAUCAAAAACAAAGUAAUAUUUGACAUGACUUCGACUAAAUUGCUACUGGACCAUUUGGUGAACUUCGCCGACUUCUACGUGUCACUUGGUCCCCAACCUCUUAAUGUGAGCGGUGCUACUGCUUCCGACCAAUCAGGAGGAGACGUCGCCCCUCUCCGCUCAGACUUCGCUUCCUUGUCCCUCUCUUCGUCUUCCCAACACCUGCCCCAGCUCCCCCCAUUAUCCACUCUUGGGGGAGGAGGAGGAGGGGGAAGUAGGCCUCUGAAGAGUGAGUCAUUCAAGAGGCUCUCCUUCAAUCGCAUAUAUCACAUGGAUCUAGCCCAGAACGACAAGGGCGUUUUUCUCAAGUUGUCGUGUGCGAACCAGAGUGGAGGCAGACAGGGCAAGCAGACGGUGGUGGUGCCGGCUCAAGGCAUAGUCGAACUCAGGGACAAACUCAAACUACUCGUGGACGAGUUCUACAUAGAAGAAGUGGAGGAGUCGUUGCCACAGUCGAAGAAGUUCUCGUAUGACAGUCGGCUGCUGUUCAUGGACGUGGGCCACUCCAACAAGGGAUUCUACAUCAAACUAUCCGAAAUAUCAAAAAAUCCGUCUGCCAACUACAAGCGCCAAACCAUUCAGAUUCCUCGCAAGCUCUGGCCAGAUGUUAGAGAUGCACUCGACGAACUCUUCAACGAGACUGCGUCUUCGGUUGCUGCCGCGGAACAACAGCGGGAGGUCCCAGUGACCCUGGAAGAAGAAAUUGCCCAAGCCGAGCAACAACAGCCUGGAAGCAGUUCAACGUCAGCAGGGCCAAGUAACUCGGGCGAUAGCUGACAAAACUGAUUAAAUGGUGAUCAAUUAUAACAGUUCCUCUCAUGUGUAUUUUUGACAAUUAAUCAGAAUUUGCCAUUAGUUUGGCAAAACAUCGCGCAAAAAAAUAUUGAUUUUCGUUCAGCAGUUGUCAAUUUGUUUAUCAAACUACCCAAACUCAUUUUACGGAGCAGUUUAUUGGACAAUUUUCCUGCUGAUGUAACUGUUUUGUGUUUAAGUUUAAUCUAGAUUUUGUGCAGUAAGUAGAUGGUUGAUUUUGACCACAACCAGUGCAAUUGAGGGCCACUGUUUUGUGGUCAGUGUUUUUGUGGACAUUUAUUUUUGUUGUGCAAUCAUGACUUGGAAAAAAGCUGUAAAGUGUAAAUUAUUAUUGCAUCAAAUAUUUAUGAAAACAGUUUGAAUUAGAUAUAGACCAGUUGGUUGUCAUUUUCCGCUGCAAAACUAGUUAAUAUCGAUUAUCGCGAAACAUUGUGAUUAAAUAAUAAAAUCUAGCAAAUUUUACUUAAUAAAGCGACAGUUUAUUAAAAUGAAACUAUCAAUGUAGUAUCUUAUUUCAGCAUUCUUCACGAUCCCUUCUAUAAACUUUAUAAAACAAACUACAUCAAGUUCUCAUCAAUAAAAAAUCAUUGUGUUAGAGCUAUAAUUUGUUGAAUGUAUUUUGACUAAUGGUGUUCUGAGACCCAGAGCAUCCAUCUUUAGAAAGCGUUGUUUUUUGCUCGACAAUAUAAAGAUUAUUUCAUUAUUUAUUUUAAAGAUUGUUUUUGUAAAAUUAAUUUGUACAGUCUUCAUUAUAAAAGCUGGCCUUUUGUUUUGGAUUGUAAAUUGUUGGUUUGAUACUAAUAUUUACAGUAGUUUUCGUACCAUUGCUUAAUUAGCUAGCUGUGAUUUGCCUUAAAUGUUUUAAUCAAACUAAUUAUUUACUGAAUAUUUCAAUA